GACCCACCCGGGCACUUUCCAGGCUAGGACCCUAGUCGCCGCCAAUCCCCUCGCUCCGCCGCGGCCGGGAGGGGGCGGGAUCGGUGCGCAGGGUGCGGGCGCAGAACCGGACCCGGAUCCGGAGGCGACCCCUCAGCACGGAUUGGCAAGGACGUCGGGCACCCCUCCCCCUUCGAAAGACACACCCCGGUGGCGGGGCGGGGCGGGCUGUCCCAGCGUCUGCUUAGGAAGACCUCGGAAGGUGGCUGCACCUCCGUCCUCAGCCCAUCCACGGUGGCCCCCUGUGGCUCUUCGCGGCCGCUUAAACGAAGACACAGAAUUAACACUUGGAAUCUGGAGAAGCAUUUUGUACAAAGUGAAAGAUUGGGCUUUCUUGUUAGUUUUCCAGAUGUAUCGUCUCAUCUGCGGACUUGAAAGACCCACAAUCACAUAAACUCUGGUUGUUAGCCAUGGAGCCGUGUGACCCAUCAAGAUAGAGAAAAACUGCUGCUGAGCUUGGGAACCAGCUGGUUUUUCACCAGUUCAACAAUUAAACUGAUACAUUCUCUGCUGAUAAUCAAGAAUAGAGAACCAGAUAAAGUCAUGCGCAUCCUAUCGACAAAUGGACCCUGUGGCUGUUGAAUUUUACUGUCACUGGUUACUCUGUCCUUCAAAGUGAACUUCAUAUGCAGGUUACGUCCCAACGGACGUAAAGACCUGUGUUGAUGUGUCUCAAUGCUAGCAAAGGUUGAAGAUACGAAGCCUAUUAUGACUAAUCCUUGGGAAGAGAAAGUCUGCAAAAUGGCUCAGACGAGUUUACUGCAGGGGAAGCAGUUUUACUGUAGGGAGUGGGUUUUCCACAAGCUUCAGCACUGCCUCCAGGAGAAGACGAAUAGCUGCAACAGUGCUGUCAACACACCGCCCCUCUCAGUGAAUUCUGGGAGUAACGCUAGUGUUGUCCCUGGAAAAGGAGCCGCCUGGGGUGUGCUGUUGGUGGGAGGGCCUGGCAGUGGCAAGACCGCCCUGUGUACUGAGCUCUUGUGGCCAAGUUCACCUACAGGCUUGCAGAGAGGCUUGCAUCGCCAGGCUCUGGCCUUUCAUUUCUGCAAAGCCCAGGACUCAGACACACUGUGUGUUGGAGGGUUCAUCAGAGGCCUGGUCGCCCAGAUCUGCCACAGUGGACUGCUCCAAGGAUACGAGGACAAGCUGAGGGACCCUGCCAUCCAAAGCCUCUUGCAGCCUGGGGAGUGCGAGAGGAACCCUGCUGAAGCUUUUAAAAGGUGUGUCCUGCUCCCUCUGCUGGGAAUGAAGCCGCCCCAGCAAAGCCUCUAUCUGCUCGUGGAUUCUGUUGACGAAGGCUGUAACGUCACCGAAGGGGAACAGACGUCCGCCAGCCUGUCUGGGACGGUGGCGGAGCUCUUGGCCGGUCACCACGAGUUCUUCCCGCCGUGGCUGUUGCUUCUCUGCUCUGCCCGAAAGCAGAGCAAGGCUGUUACUAAGAUGUUUACCGGUUUCCGAAAAAUAAGUCUAGAUGACCUUCGGAAGGCCUACAUUGUUAAGGACGUUCAGCAGUACAUCCUUCACCGUUUGGAUCAAGAAGAAGCUUUGCGACAACACCUCACGAAGGAAACCGCGGAGAUGUUAAAUCAGCUGCACAUUAAAAGCAGCGGGUGCUUCCUGUAUCUGGAGCGAGUUCUAGACGGAGUUGUGGAAAAUUUUAUUAUGUUGCGAGAGAUCCGCGACAUCCCCGGAACUCUAAACGGGCUGUAUCUCUGGCUGUGUCAGAGACUGUUUGUGAGAAAGCAGUUUGCAAAGGUUCAGCCUAUUCUGAAUGUGAUCCUCGCAGCCUGCCGACCUUUGACCAUAACGGAAUUAUAUCAUGCAGUGUGGACCAAAAACAUGUCGUUAACCCUGGAAGAUUUCCAGCGCAAGCUAGACGUCCUCUCCAAACUCCUUGUUGAUGGACUGGGAAACACUAAAAUCCUGUUUCACUAUAGCUUUGCAGAGUGGCUUCUGGACGUGAAGCACUGCACUCAGAAGUAUUUGUGUAACGCAGCAGAGGGACACAGGAUGCUGGCUAUGAGCUACACCUGUCAAGCCAAGGACUUAACGCCACUGGAAGCACAGGAGUUUGCGUUGCACUUGAUUAACUCAAACCUGCAGUUGGAGCCCGCCGAGUUAGCGCUGUGGAUGAUAUGGAACGGCACACCCGUCAGAGACUCCCUGUCGACCUCCAUACCCAAGGAGCAGGAAGUGCUGCAGCUGCUGGUCAAGGCGGGCGCGCACGUGAACAGCGAGGACGACCGCGCCUCCUGCAUUGUCCGCCAGGCCCUGGAACGCGAGGACUCCAUUCGGACCCUGCUCGACAACGGUGCCUCCGUGAACCAGUGUGACUCCAACGGGAGGACGUUACUGGCUAAUGCUGCGUACAGCGGCAACCUGGACGUGGUGAACUUGCUGGUCUCCAGGGGAGCAGACCUAGAGGUCGAAGAUGCUCACGGACACACGCCGCUCACCCUCGCCGCCAGGCAGGGACACACCAAGGUGGUGAACUGCCUGAUUGGGUGUGGCGCGAACAUCAACCACACUGAUCAGGACGGCUGGACGGCAUUGAGGUCUGCCGCCUGGGGCGGUCACACGGAGGUGGUCUCGGCGCUACUGUACGCCGGCGUCAAGGUGGACUGUGCAGACGCCGACAGCCGGACAGCUCUGAGGGCGGCCGCCUGGGGUGGACACGAGGACAUCGUGCUGAACCUGCUGCAGCAUGGCGCCGAGGUCAACAAGGCUGACAACGAGGGCAGGACCGCCCUGAUCGCAGCGGCGUACAUGGGGCACAGAGAGAUCGUGGAGCACCUCCUGGACCACGGGGCGGAGGUGAACCACGAGGACGUGGACGGCAGGACUGCACUCUCCGUGGCCGCACUCUGCGUGCCCGCCAGCAAGGGUCACGCUUCAGUCGUCAGCCUUCUGAUUGAUCGGGGUGCUGAAGUGGAUCACUGUGACAAAGAUGGCAUGACUCCUCUGCUGGUGGCCGCCUACGAAGGACACGUGGACGUGGUCGAUUUGCUUCUGGAGGGGGGCGCAGACGUGGACCACACCGACAACAACGGUCGCACACCCCUCUUGGCUGCAGCGUCCAUGGGCCACGCCUCGGUGGUGAACACACUGUUGUUUUGGGGUGCGGCCGUGGAUAGCAUCGACAGCGAGGGCAGGACGGUCCUCAGCAUAGCCUCAGCCCAAGGGAACGUCGAGGUGGUGCGUACUCUGCUGGACAGAGGGCUGGACGAAAACCACAGAGACGACGCUGGAUGGACGCCUUUGCACAUGGCAGCUUUUGAAGGUCACAGGUUAAUAUGUGAAGCACUUAUCGAACAGGGUGCUAGAACAAAUGAGAUCGAUAAUGAUGGACGAAUACCUUUCAUAUUAGCUGCGCAAGAGGGUCACUAUGACUGUGUCCAGAUGUUGUUAGAGAAUAAGUCCAACGUUGAUCAGAGAGGUUAUGACGGUAGAAAUGCACUGCGGGUCGCCGCCUUAGAAGGGCACAGGGACAUCGUCGAACUGCUUUUUAGCCAUGGAGCUGACGUUAACUACAAAGAUGCUGAUGGCAGGCCUACCCUUUACAUUUUGGCCUUAGAAAACCAGCUGACAAUGGCUGAGUACUUUUUAGAAAAUGGUGCAAAUGUAGAAACAAGUGAUGCAGAAGGAAGGACGGCCCUUCACGUUUCCUGCUGGCAGGGCCACCUGGAGAUGGUGCAGGUGCUGGUCACCUACCACGCCGACGUCAACGCCGCGGACAACGAACAGCGGUCUGCUCUGCAGUCCGCAGCCUGGCAGGGCCACGUGAAAGUGGUGCAGCUGCUGAUUGAGCGCGGGGCCGUGGUGGACCACACCUGCAACCAGGGCGCGACCGCACUCUGCAUCGCGGCCCAGGAAGGGCACAUUGACGUCGUGCAGGUUCUCCUGGAGCACGGCGCGGACCCAAACCACGCAGACCAGUUUGGACGCACUGCCAUGCGUGUCGCAGCCAAAAACGGACACUCUCAGAUCAUUAAAUUAUUAGAAAAAUAUGGUGCAUCUAGUUUGAACGGCUGUUCCCCAUCUCCUGUUCACACGAUGGAGCAAAAGCCUCUUCAGUCAGUGUCUUCAAAAAUGCAGUCGUUAACAAUCAAGUCAAACAGCUCUGGCAGUACUGGUGCGGGGGACGUGCAGCCCCCACUGCGUGGUUUACCGAACGGGCCGGCGCAUGCCUUCAGCUCUCCUUCCGAAUCUCCAGACUCUACGGUUGAUCGGCAGAAGUCCUCACUGUCGAAUAAUUCCCUGAAAAGUUCAAAAAACUCCUCUUUGAGAACGACUUCGUCCACAGCGACGGCUCAAACUGUGCCGAUUGACAGCUUCCAUAAUUUGUCCUUUACCGAACAGAUCCAGCAGCACUCACUGCCCCGCAGUAGAAGUCGACAGUCCAUCGUGUCCCCGUCUUCCACGACACAGUCCCUGGGACAGAGCCACCAUUCCCCAGGUAGUGAAUUUGAGUGGAGUCAAGUAAAACCCAGUUUGAAAUCAACUAAAACGAAUAAAGGGGGGAAAUCAGAAAAUUCCAGCAAGUCUGGGUCAGCUGGGAAAAAAGCUAAACACAACAGUUCUUCACAGCCAAAGGUCCUAGAAUAUGAAAUGACUCAGCUGGACGCGAGAGGGCCUGUGGCCAAGUCCGGGCCCAAUGCACCCCCUAAGCAGACGCCCGUGGAACCUCAGUGCAAGAUCCCAGUGCCAUCCGCUCAGCAGGACAUCGGGCGGUCCCAGCAGCCAUUUCUCAUUCACCAACACAGUGGGGAACAGAAGAAGAGAAAUGGAAUAAUGACAAAUCCAAAUUACCACCUCCAGAGCAACCAGGUGUUUCUCGGCAGAGUUUCAGUCCCACGAACAGUGCAAGACAGAGGGCAUCAGGAGGUGCUGGAAGGGUACCCUUCCUCAGAGACCGAAUUAAGCCUUAAACAAGCCCUGAAGCUUCAGAUCGAUGGUGCUGACCCUAGCUUCAACUAUAAAAAGGAAACGCCACUAUAACAGUUCCCCGUCCUGUGGAACGGAAGACGUGCUGAUUGGGGCGGCUCCCCGGCUGCCGGAUGAGAACCCAGCGCCCGCUGCCGCGGGAGGAGGCGGGGAGUGUGCGGCCGCAGGGGGUGGCCCGGCCCCUCGAGUGCUGCCCUGUGCCUGCCGAGUGGGCUGUGCUCUCAGUGUGACCCCCUCGUGCUUCGGAAACUCCAUUUCGUGUGCUUUGUAUUCAUUCACUCCACAAGAAUAAGCACUUUUUAAAAUGCAGAUGUAUACUGCAGUGCCCUGAUGAAAGCUGAAAAAACUCUAAGUAUUUUAAGUUAAGAUUUGAUAAAUGUGCAUGUGCCAUGAUCAAAUAUAUAUGAAAAGGCAGUGUUCCUUGUAUUUAUUUUUUUCUUUUUGUGGCAAACGAGUCUUAAGCCUACUGUUUCCGUCACAUCCGCAUUGCUGUAGUGUAUGGCUUGUUUCUUGUAUCUUUAAAAAUGUCACUCAAUAAAAUAAAUCGUGCAAAUAUUUAUACUUGCUACACCUUCAGCAUCAGUUAAAAUGAGUUUCUGUUUAAUGCCACAUUGAGGUGAAGAAAAUGGUUUCUUCAUAGAUUUAAAAACAAUUUCUAGUCUUUUAGGGAGCUAUUCUAAGUAGUUGAAAUUUGGAUUUCCCAGUAGGACCCUCCUGGUCUCUGACAGUGUCAGACAGGAAAAAGGAACAAAGGGCAGAGGGGAGUCCUGUUUCACUCACCGGGGUGUGAGCUCACCCUCCCCUCACUUGUCAUUCCACCCCCCCAGAAGACGGUCAGUGGCCCCCGAGGCCGGGAAGUCCCCGGGACAGAGCCAGGCCUCGGGUGCGUGUGGAGAGGGCGGUCCAGGAGUCUGUGAGGGUGGGUUAUUGAUCCCCAAACAAUUCAUCGACGGCCCUCAUCUCUUCCGUCGAAUUGAGUACACUAAUUUACCAUAGUCAGUUUUCAUGCUGGCUUCUCUCUCAGUUGCUUCUAUUUUGCAAAUCACUGCAUGUUGAAAAUAAGUCCCCACUGAAAAUCAGUUGAGUCCGUUCCAGUGGUUAGUGGGAUGGACGUUCUUGAUGAGUGUGGUAAGCACUGUCCUUCACGGGUGACAGCACUAACCUGUCGGUCAUAGCACAUCUGUGGGGGCUUGGGGGCAUUUGAUAAACACUAAGCUUUGUCCACAUACUCUUUCCUGUUUUCUUCCUCGGACAACUGCCUCCGGGAUGACUGCCAGGGUCGAGGGUGAGGUCCGUGACCACGGAAAACCAAGCCGACUGGCUCUGGGCAGCGUGCGGGCCGCCUGCGGUGGGCGUGCACGUGUCUGGGAAGGCGCGACUGCAUUUAAAAGCCAAGGGCUUGUGUUUGAUCUUUUCAGGAGUCCCGAAAACCUUACAAAAUCCAGAAAUUCUAUUCUUCCCGUAUACUGUUGGUAAGAAGGAGGAAUGAGGAAAGAGAAUGUGGAGAUUCAGCACAAAGCCAUUGCUACUAGAAGAGAAUCUUUAGAAAAUGCAGGUACCCGAGGUCAGAAACGUCAUCCUGCGUGAAGGAGCUACACUAGACGCGCUGUUCACAGAAGCAGAAGCGUGUGCUUGGUUGUGGUCAUUGUUUCACGUGGAUCUUCUACAGGGCUUUUCAUUUUGCUUCUGUUGUUCAGAGUCAGCCAAACUCAUCUUUAUGUCACCAAGCCAGAGUCAGGAGUAGAAGGUGCCGUAACAAGUUCAGUCGCUAUUUAGGUGACAUGGCGAUAUGGAGAACUCGAAUGUGAAUGUUUCAAGUAUUGAAUUUUUGUCCCUAUGGGACAUUUAUUAAUACACUUAAUAGGACUCUUACAAAGUAGCCUUAAAAGUGUUAACGAUUCUUUUAAUACAUAUGAACACAUACUGUUUUGAGAACCAACCUUGCUCAUGUCUCAGCCGUAGUCCAUUUCCAUUGCUGCAGAAGAUGAAGCUCUAAUUUCUUACUAGGUGUAUUUUUUUUAGAGAACCCUGAAAGCUGCCAGUUUUUUUAUUAACCUUGAAUUAUUGGAAUUGUAUUUAUUUAAUUUUAUUGUUUGCUUUUACAAAAAUGCACCUUGUGGCCAAAGGGCAAAGAAAUGACUCAUUACAGAAGGGAUUUAUGUUUUUCAAACAGCUAAAUGUUUUCAUAUUCACAUGAUAAAGACUUGAAACGUUGGUAGGAAGAGAACCUGCUGGAAAAAUAAGACUUUCAAAUGUAAGUAUUCCUCUGAGUGUUUUUAUAUUAUGUUUUGGAAUAGAACCAAAAAUGGCUUUUAGUUAGGCUAAGGAUGGUGGGGAAGCAAGAUGCCCUACUUUGCUGAUUUCUUUCUGUGGGGGAUUUAAUACCAUGAGUGAAAAUGGAUUUUAACCCAUUAAGGAGAGUAAAAAUAGUCCUCCAAAUGUAACUCCUAAAGAGCUAUGUUCAAGAUCAAACUGGUUAAAUUUUGUAAGUCACCUGACGCCACUACAGGCCUGUGAUGCCAUGUACUUUUAACGUGUUUGUCAUCUUCCAUCUCUGUCUGUCCCUGAAAGUCGUGAGUUGACAGACCGGGAGCGAUAGGAAGUACAGUGAUGAAGAGUAAAAAUCUCAGUGCCCGUAGGGAGGUCCGCCCAGAGCGCAGUGUGUUCUGCACAGUGCAGCGGCGUUCGGUCUCUCGUCCUCGUUGGUCCCACCCCUGCGAGAACCUUCACCAAAAAGAAUUCCUUCUGGAAACGCAGGAGUGCACCCUUUUCUCAGCAUCGUCUGGCUAUGCAAAUGUUUGUUUUGCUUCGUGCCCUCCGUGUAUUUACACGUCUCAGCAAAGGUAGAUGCCAACAAGUACUUUGUUUUACUUCUGCGUUGGUUUGGGGUAUGUAAAUAGCCUAAAGUGUACAUUGAACUUCACAUUGUAAAAGUUUUAUUUUAUUCCUUGUAUUAUAUUAAGCAAAAAUCCCUAUGUAUAUGAAAGUGCAUAAUAAAUAUAUUUGCUU